AUGGAUGGCAUCGACCUCCCCGCCCUGCGGGAUAAACUCAUCAGCAUCGCCCUGCAGGCCGGCUCCAUGAUCACAUCCGCCUCGUCGUCAUCUUUAAAUGCCGGAAGCACAGGUACCCAACAGAAGGCGGCGUCGACGAAGAAGAACUCGGCCGACCUGGUAACGGAGACGGACAAGGCCGUGGAGGACUACAUCUCCCGCACGCUGAUGCAACAGUUCCCGUCAUACCAGUUUAUGGGCGAGGAGACGUACACGCCGGGAAACAAGCUGGGACCGGAGCCGACCUUCAUCGUCGACCCCAUCGACGGCACCACCAACUUCGUCCACGGCUGGCCCUACGUGAGCGUCAGUCUGGGGUUCGCCGUGGACAGGGUCCCGACCGUUGGGGUGGUCUUCAACCCGUUCACCGGCAAGCUUUACCACGGGAUCAAGGGCCAGGGCAGCUAUCUGCGGAUCGUGCGAGGCGGGGAAGUACCAUUGCACAUCACCCCAAGCAGUGAGGCUGACACCAAGUUGCCGCUUCGCUACCCGAGCGCGGUCGCCGGGCUGGACGAGUGUGUCGUGGCCAUCGAGUACGGCAGCGAUCGCACGGGGUCGAACUGGCGGACCAAGGUCGAGACGUGGGCGGCCCUGGGCGCCAGCAAGGACGAAGGCGGCGCCAUGGUGCACUCGGCGCGCGCGCUGGGGUCCGCGGCGCUCAACCUGUGCGCGGUCGCCGAGGGCUCGAUCGACGUCUACUGGGAGGGCGGCUGCUGGGCGUGGGACGUGUGCGCCGGCUGGGUCGUUCUCACCGAGGCGGGCGGGCUGGUCGUCGACGGCAACCCCGGGACAUGGGAUAUCCCCGUCGACCACCGGAAGUAUCUUGCCGUGCGGGCCGCGGAGAAAGGGCAGAGGGAGUUGGUGCAGGAGUUCUGGGGCUUUAUCAAAGGGCGCAUGGAGUACGAACACUGA